CACUUUUCAGUUUUGCAGAAAGGCGGUAGUGGGCGCUUCAUGUGACUCCUCAACAGCAAUCAAACAAACCCACGAAGAAGACGCGGAUGUUGUCAUGGAGUCUCACAUGUAAAGUCUCCGAGCUCCCCAGGUUUAAUUCAACAUUUUGAAGGAGUUUUAAAGGUUGAAGUUAAAUUAUCUGGCUCCCCAACAACCAGGACCAAAAACAUGAGCACUCAAUACAGCAUUCUUUUCAAGCAAGAACACGCACACGAUGACGCCAUCUGGACGGCAGCGUGGGGUAAAAGCGAGGCAGAUGGGUCAGAAACUAUCGUCACUGGAUCGUUAGAUGAUAUGGUCAAAGUCUGGAAAUGGUCAGACGAGAAGCUGGAGCUGCAGUGGUCUCUGGAGGGCCACCAGCUGGGCGUGGUGUCAGUGGACAUCAGUCACAACGGAGCGAUCGCCGCCUCCAGCUCCCUCGACGCUCACAUCCGUCUCUGGGACCUGGAGUCUGGAAAACAGAUCAAGUCCAUGGAUGCGGGACCAGUUGAUGCAUGGACGGUCGCCUUCUCCCCAGACUCUAAAUACAUCGCCACAGGAAGCCAUCUUGGCAAGGUCAACAUCUUCGGUGUGGAAAGCGGCAAGAAGGAAUAUUCUCUGGACACUCGAGGGAAAUUCAUCCUGAGUAUAGCUUACAGCCCAGAUGGAAAAUAUUUGGCCAGUGGAGCUAUUGAUGGGAUCAUUAACAUCUUUGACAUCGCAACUGGAAAACUGCUCCACACGCUGGAAGGUCACGCUAUGCCCAUCAGAUCCCUCACCUUCUCCCCCGACUCCCAGCUCCUGGUCACAGCCUCUGACGACGGCUACAUCAAGAUAUAUGAUGUGCAACAUGCCAACCUGGCAGCCACACUGAGUGGACACGGAUCCUGGGUUCUUAAUGUCGCCUUCUCUCCAGAUGACUCCCACUUUGUCUCGAGCUCAUCUGACAAGAGUGUGAAGGUUUGGGACGCCAGCUCCAGAGCAUGUAUCAACACUUUCUUCGACCAUCAAGACCAGGUGUGGAGCGUAAAGUACAACAGCACCGGCUCAAAGAUCAUCUCAGCUGGAGACGACCGAGCCAUCCACAUCUACGACUGUCCCAUGUGAGGAAAGACAUCCGGAUACGGAAAAACAAGAUGAGAAGAUCUUCAGAGCUGUUUACUAGAAUCAUGGAGUUGAAGUUGGUAAUUGCAGAGAAUAGGAGGGAGGGGUGUAAAUGUUAUGGAUUAUUUUGCACUUGGCCAACACGGUCAAAUAAAAGGGUUUUUUUUU